CUUGCAGAAGUGUUUCCAUACGAGAAAACGGAUCACAAAUCAAGUUUGCGUGCAAGUCAUGUGUCCACAUUCUGCAUAUUUCAGUGCCAUCUGUUGUUGCAUCACUUCUGUCUGGUUCAUCAUAUCUACUUAAACUUCACCCCUUUUCUCCUGUUACGUUUCUUGAUAAGUUGGUCAAGAUCUAAAUUUGCUUAGUUGUGAUGUUAAGCAUGCAUCCGAGUUCUUCUGGUUCUUACAGAGGAAUUUGGAGAGUCCGGUCUCAUUAGGAAUCAACUCAAGAUUAAUGAAAAACAUGGAAGUACCCAUGAUUUUUAUGGUUUCUUGUACACUGCUUCUUCUGUGUUCUUCAUCAGCAUAUGCUCAAACUGCUAAAUCUCCCUCAAUAAGCCCAACUCCAUCACCAGCACCAGCACCAGCACCAGAAUAUGUAAACCUCACGGAUUUGCUCACUGUUGCUGGUCCAUUCCACACCUUCCUCAGCUACCUUGAGUCCACCAAAGUCAUAGACACCUUCCAAAACCAAGCCAACAACACUGAGGAAGGCAUCACAAUCUUUGUACCAAAAGAUGGUGCCUUUUCAUCUCUUAAGAAGCCUUCUCUUUCCAAUCUCACUAAAGUCCAGCUCAAGUCACUCAUUCUCUUCCAUGGCUUGCCACAUUACUACAGCCUAGCUGAAUUCAAGAACCUAAGCGAAUCAGGCCCUGUACCUACCUUUGCCGGUGGGCAGUACACUUUGAAUUUCUCCGAUGUAUCUGGGACAGUGAACAUUGGUUCCGGAUGGACAAACACCAAGGUGAGCAGCAGUGUGCAUUCCACUGAUCCUGUUGCCGUCUACCAAGUCGAUAAGGUCCUUCUUCCUGAGGCAAUCUUUGGCACCGAUAUACCUCCAACCCCGGCUCCGGCACCAUCUUCAGAUAUUUCCCCUGCUGCAGAUACUCCAUCUGAAGGAACAAAUGGAGAGGGGUCAUCUCCAACAUCUGCACCCGGGAAAUCUAAUUCGUACAGGAUGAUCAACUGGGGAAUUUGGAGUCACUUGGUUUUGGCACUUUCAGGUGUGCUGGUCUUCUUCUUGUGAGGGAGGAUUUGUUGAAUCUUUUUCAUUUAUAUGCACCGUAUAUUUCCGGAUUUGUUUCAUUUUUCCCAAUUGAAAACCAUUUUUUGAACAUAUAUGUUAUCGAAUUCAUGUACGAGGAUGCGAGUUCCAUGCUUCAAAUUGCCUCAUGUUUGUUCAAAUAUUACAGUAGUUGUACACAAUUCUCUCAGAAUUGAGUUUUGAGUUAUAAUACGUUUGGCAUAA